GGUCUAGAAGGAGGAGAAAAGUACAAGGUUUUGGGAGACAUUGAUGGAGGCGCACAUAGCAGACAUGUGGGUCACCCCGCAAUCACUCCCCCUUCUUUACCACGGCUCCUAUCCAUCACCUUCCACUUGCUUUACCCCUCACCGCCACGACAACGCACCUAACCGAACCGUUUUAUCCUUUCUUUUCAUUCACUGCUUUUCCAGCUCCUCCAAACGCACUAACCCCAUGCCUCCCUCUGUGCUCUUCAAUUAUUUCUCAUAACCCCUUCGUCUUCUGCUUCUAUUCUGGGCUUCCAAACUUGCUGCGAUGCAGGGUGGUUCGUCUCCGGGGUCCAUGCUCACGGAGUCUAGAGAGGAUCACUUGGUCCUUUCUUCUGAGGAUUCUUCCUGCCCGGAUGAGUCCGAGCUUGAAUUGGGUCUUGGGUUGAGCCUUUCUCAUCCUCGAGUCAAGUCUCAGCCACUCCCAACGACUCAAUAUGCCCGAAUUUUGACGGCUAUGGAUUUUUCUUCGUCGCCCUCCUCCUCCUCCGCCUCCUCUUCCUCUCCUAACGUGACAGCUGGCACUAAGAGAGCUGCUGAUUCUCUUGCCGCUGCAAACAGUCCUAGUCAGGUUGUUGGAUGGCCUCCUCUCCGAGCAUAUAGAAUGAACAGCUUUAAUAAUAAUCGCUCAAAAUCUCCAGCCACUGAAGCUAACAAUAAUCAAACAGCUGCUAGGAAGAGUGCUGACAAUGGAAGUACUAAGAACAACAGCAAUGCCAAAGAAAAAGCUCACGUCAGGAGAUCCCUAUUUGUCAAGGUAAAUAUGGAUGGGACACCAAUUGGAAGGAAGGUUGAUUUGAGUGCUCAUAGUUCCUAUGAAACCUUGGCGCAAACUUUGGAGGAUAUGUUUAAUGAACCAACUCCAGUUGUCCCGAAAGAUGGGGAGAAUCACGUAUUGCCAUUGGAGCAAAAAAGAGACACAUAAACCUGAUGGAUGGAUCUUCCAAUUUUGUGCUAACUUAUGAAGACAAGGAAGGAGACUGGAUGCUUGUUGGAGAUGUUCCUUGGGAUAUGUUUCUUGGUUCGGUGAGGAGGCUUAGAAUUAUGAGGACGUCCGAGGCAAAUGGACUUG